AUGAGCGAUGAUGCCUCGCCGAGCUCUACGGCGCCGAACGAUGUCUCUCCCGCUGAGCCCGCCAAUGCUUCUUCCACAAACCGCGUCACAUGGAACCUGUCCCGGUCGCGCGCCCAGUCACAAUCUCAGCGUCGUAAGAAGAAGAAGAGCAGCAGGAAGAAGCGCAACCCAGGCUUAACGAGGCAGUUGGAAUUUGUCACACAUUUGCUUAAGAGUCUUGAUACCCUGGUUUUCGCGGAGUUAAGUGCGCUUUAUUAUAUGGAAUGCUCGAUGUUUCGGUUCAUCCUGAGGUCUGUUGGCCAGUAUUUGUAUCUCACACCAAAGGACGAAUCCUUCCCUUUUGUAAUGCCCGCGGGUCCCAUUCAUGCCUGUCUGGUUAUCAUUCCCAAUAUCAUCUGCAUACUCCUCCACGUCUUUGUCUCUUUGCCCGUGGGCCCAGACUUCCAUCGAGGAUAUAAUCACGGCGGUGUGAUUAUCGACUUUAUAGGUCAAAAACCGCCCACUUCUCGCCUCUACUAUGUAUUAGCAGAUGUCAUGAUACUUGUCGUCCAAUGCCUAAUGUUGACGGUGCAUACCGAACGAGAGAGGCUUCGUGUGACUCUCAAGACCUUCCGACCUAUGGUACCGGAUGUGGCCCAAGAUACGGGGCCAACUAUAGAAGAUUUGGAUGCAGAAGAGCGUGGUGUUUCUAGGGAUAUGCCUGGCCCAUUACCAACUGAUGAAGAGGAAGGUAUCGAGCUGCAGCCUUUAAGACCUGCCAGUACACCUGAAGAAGCCGACUCAACACAAGUAGAGCCAGAGCCGCCCUCUAGGGAUCCGCUUGAUGAACCGACAAGAUCGCACCUGUCUGACUGGUUGAGCUCUGGGAACGGAAUCAUUGGCGAGUUUCAUGUUACUCAUUCACUCCGUAAUGCGGCCAUGAAUGUUGAGAGAACGACCGCAUAUUCCCUUCGUACAAUUGGCUACGGAGCAACUAUGGCUACUAUUGAAGCCCGGAGGCGAAGCCUCAAUGUACCAGUACCAGCGGUUCAAACCGAUAGAAGAUAG